CAUUAGAGGUCGCUAUGGUCCUUUCCAUCCAAUUUCAUUUCCCUUAGAGGUGUGUUGCUAUUUUACCUAAAUGUGUACUAAUAUUUUAGAAGCUCUAUGAAGGGUCAUUCAUUUAUAGGAAUCAUUUUCCUUUACAUGACAAUAGUCUUAUUAAAAAAAAAAACUUGUCUUUUUAUCCUUCUUGAUAUUAUCUUGAUUUGUAUUUCUGCACAGCUAGGCUGUAUUUUGGGUCUAAGUUGUGGGACUAUCCUGUUGGACUUGAGUUAUUAUCACUUAAUGAGCAUCUAUACUAAACAUCUGCCAAUUAACUGGAACAUCUAUUCUAGGACUACUUAUCAGGAAUCUGAGAAGUCAGUACUACCUAUUAGUAAUAUAAGCAGGACACCAACUGAUAAUCACAACAUUUUAAGAAACACUACAAUACUAGAACUGUGGAAAUAAAAUUAACACCCAAUCCUGACUUCACAAGCUAGUGGGGAGACAUGCAGAUACAGAGCAUUGCAUGGUGUUAUUUACUAUAAAGAAGGCAUUAUUAAAUAUUAUAGAGGAGGAACAAUGACUUCUGCCUAAGCAAAUCGGCCACUUGGGAUGGAAUUUUGACACCUGUGUAUGCCGAGGUGUUAUUUCUUCCAAGGGUUAUUUGAGUAGAGUGCCUAUGUUCAUCCUGUGAAUUCUUCACCGUGUAUUUUAAGAAUAACCUUCGUUUUCUUGCCCAUUAAAAAAAAAAAAAGACACAUAUCUGAUGUGCUACCAUUUAUUUGUCCACUUCCAGAAUAACUUUAUUUUGUAUUCCAGAGGAAUAAACACAAUCUCUUUGUUAUUCCUUUUAUAAUCCUCCACUUUUCCCGUUGGGCCUUCUUAUUCUUCUCUCUUAAAACGGAUGGAGAAUUUUUGUUAUUCAUUGUUUCAGUUGAAAUCAUAAGCGUUUUUUUAAAAAUUAAAAGCAUAUUUUUCAAUGACUGGUUAUAUUUCCAAGAUUUUUUUUUUUACACUUAAGUUUACUUUACUAUUUGUUCAUUGUUUUUACUGAGAUGUAAUUGACAUAGAGCAUUAUUUUGUUUCAGGUGUACAAUUGUUUUAUCUUUGUAUAUAUUAUUAAAUUAUCACAAUAAGUCUAGUUAACAUUUUUUUUUUAAAACAGAGACUUCUCUCUACAACAAUGGAACUUUUCUUCUAUGAAUUGUGAAGGAGGUGGGAGGCAGGGAAACUAAAGUAGGAGAUGGUUUUGAAUAUCCAGAAACUAAGCAUCAAAAUUUGAAGUAUUAUUUAAGUAGCAAGGGAACCAAAAUUAUUUUGAGAGUCCUGUGUUAGAAUUUUAGCCUAUGAUAAAAUAGAGGUUCCUACAUCCUAAGACUUUUCAGGUUUCAUAAGUCAAAAAGUCUAUUGCACUAUUGCUUGAAUUGUCUAUAUGAAGGCUACUUCUAUUUUAGAGAAACUAUCAGAAGAUAAUGACUUUUCCAAAGACACAAUGCAACCUUUCCUCUCGAUCUCACAAAAACUCGUCUCCAAAUGCAAGGAGAAGCCGCUCUUGCUCAGUUGGGGGAGUGUGCACAGCAGUCUGCUCCCUAUAGGGGCAUGGUACGCACAGCCCUAGGUAUUGUCCAAGAGGAAGGCUUUCUAAAGCUUUGGCAAGGAGUGACACCUGCCAUUUACAGGCACAUAGUGUACUCUGGAGGUCGAAUGGUAACAUAUGAACAUCUCCGUGAAGUUGUGUUUGGCAAAAGUGAAGAUAAACAUUAUCCCCUUUGGAAAUCUGUAAUUGGCGGAAUGUUGGCUGGAGUAAUUGGCCAAUUCUUAGCUAAUCCAACUGACUUAGUGAAGGUUCAGAUGCAAAUGGAAGGAAGAAGAAAACUUGAAGGAAAACCUUUGAGAUUCCGUGGUGUGCAUCAUGCAUUUGCAAAAAUCUUAGCUGAAGGUGGAAUUCGUGGGCUUUGGGCAGGCUGGAUACCCAAUAUACAAAGAGCAGCACUGGUGAAUAUGGGAGAUUUAACCACUUAUGAUACAGUAAAACACUAUUUGGUAUUGAAUACGACACUUGAGGACAAUAUCAUGACUCAUGGUUUAUCAAGUUUUUGUUCAGGACUGGUAGCUUCUAUUCUGGGAACACCAGCUGAUGUCAUCAAGAGUCGAAUAAUGAAUCAACCACGAGAUAAACAAGGAAGGGGACUUUUAUAUAAAUCAUCAACUGACUGUUUGAUUCAGGCUGUUCAAGGAGAAGGAUUCAUGAGUCUUUAUAAAGGCUUUUUACCAUCCUGGCUGCGAAUGACCCCUUGGUCACUGGUAUUCUGGCUUACAUAUGAAAAAAUCAGAGAGAUGAGUGGAGUCACUCCAUUUUAAGACUUUAAAGAUGCAACCCUUAAAGUUACUAUGGUCAUUGUCAGUGAAGUAUGGACAGCGGCAACACACAUCUCUAUUCUUUCUACCUCUAUAAGAAGACAUCAUAUUCAACAAAGACUGAUAUACAGGGGGUAGUACUCUGUAUUUCCUGGGUAACACUGAGUUUUCUUUGACUGCUCUUUUUGUUCAAAAGUAAUCUGAUGGGAUAAUACAAGGCUGUCCAAUGAAAUACUCCAUGUACCAUUUUCUAAAGAGUCAAGUUCUGACCUAGUAUUGACCUUGAGCAAGAAGAUUUGACCUUUGAGAUACUAGUCUCUGUUGAAGAACCUGCUUAGAGGGCAAGUGCCAGAUGAGAGGCAGCAUCUCAGGUCUGAAGAAGACAAUAGGGAUGUACAUGAUUAAGUGAUUAAGAAAUAGAGUCAACCUGUUAUGUCAGUAUUUACACUGUUGUUGUUAAAGUACAUAGUUUAAAGUACAUUGUUCAUUAAAGUACAUACUGUACUUUAAAAGGAGGUGAGUGAAACUUUAUGAAUAAACAUUUUGAGUUUCCUUAGUGUUAAAGGAAGUUGAUAUACCUUUUCUUGACAGGAAGACGAGAAAAAUCAAGUAGAUGAUGUUUUGCAAUUAAAGGAAAGAAGCUGCCUUCUUCUUUGCCCCAUCAUUUCAUCUGUGUUAAUUGGUUAGCUGUACAUUUCACUAUACAAGCUAAGGACUUCUUGGUAGCCUUUAGAAUCUGAAUCUUGAUGAAAACAGGAUAUAUUUGUCUUGUUACAUAUGUCAUCACAACUUGAAUUAUCACUAGCUCUCAAGAAUCUCUCUCUACAUAAAUACAAUUUAUUAGAUUAAAAGUCAGGUGGAUAUGCUUCCUUAAUGAAACAGUGGUUAUUACCAGCUGUUCAGUGGCAUUUUUUUAAAAGUAAGGUUGAGUUGAAGUCAGUGAAUUCUAACAUCCCAUUCUUCCUCAUCUUUUCUUAACACGACCUUUGAGAGAGAAAAUUCAGAAAUCACAGUGAAAUUGUCUUUGUUGUCUGAAUCUUAUUUAGUUUGACAAAGCUUCCUACCUAAAAAAUAAGUAUAAACUGUAUACAAUAUAGUCAUAUCUAGAAUCACUAAAUUGAAUUUCUUAAUUUAGAAAGGUGAUUCUUUAGAUUCAUAUACAUGUCUCCCAUACCCCCAACCUUAGAGAACAGGCAUUUCUGACUUACUCAGCACUGUUGUUGGGUAGAGGAAGUAUCAAAGUAAGAAAAUGAAAAA